AGAGAAUCCAGACUAGGAAGAGGAGCCACACCAGUGGACCAGCCAGCACUUGUACUUGCAGAGCUUCUCCCUGAUUGACCCCCUCUGCCUCCCAGGGACCUGCCCAGGACUUCCGGUGCGGACCCUGAAGUCCAAGAAGAGCGGCGAAGACCAGAUCCAGGCCUCCAAAUCCCAGCCUACGCUGCCCCUUCUUUCCGCUGGGCACUCCUCGUGGGGCAGAUACCUUCCCUCCGUUGACUUCAGCAUUGCAGUUGGCUGAACCCUGACCUGUCUUCAUUGAAGAUCCUAGGAGCUAGCUAUCUGAGAUUCCAAAAAUGUCUCAUCCCUCUUGGCUGCCCCCGAAAAGCACCGGAGAGCCCCUUGGCCACGUGCCUGCGCGGAUGGAGACUACCCAUUCCUUUGGGACGCCCAGCAUUUCAGUGUCUACACAGCAGCACCCCAAGAAGUUUGCACCAGUAGUUGCUCCCAAACCCAAGUACAACCCGUACAAGCAACCUGGGGGCGAGGGUGAUUUUCUUCCACCACCACCUCCACCUUUGGAUGAGCCCAGUGCCCUUCCACCUGGCCCUGGAAACUUCCCUCCUCCACCACCCCUGGAAGAAGGGGCUUUCAGAAUCCAGCAGGGCAGUCCUGGAGGCAAGACCCUGGAGGAGAGGCGCUCUAGCUUGGAUGCAGAGAUCGACUCCCUUACAAGUAUCUUAGCUGACCUGGAGUGCAGCUCCCCGUACAAACCUCGGCCUCCACAGGGUGGACACCCAGGGCCAAUGGGUCCCCCAGCUGUUCCUUCCUCAUUCCGUCCAGAAGAUGAGCUUGAACAUCUGACCAAGAAGAUGCUGUAUGACAUGGAGAACCCACCUGCGGAUGAAUACUUCGGCCGCUGUGCUCGCUGUGGGGAAAAUGUCGUCGGCGAAGGGACAGGCUGCACUGCCAUGGAUCAGGUCUUCCACGUGCAGUGUUUCACCUGCAUCGUCUGCAGUAGCCAGCUCCGGGGGCAGCCCUUCUAUGCUGUGGAAAAGAAGGCCUACUGUGAGCCCUGCUACAUCCUUCAGUUUCCCAGCCUACAGAACAAAGGUAGGAUGCAUUACACCACGUGGUUAUACGGGACAAAUGAGAGUUCAGAGUGGAGCAAACAGCUAAGCCGGAAAAGUGUGAAGCCUUGA